UGCUGAGGUUGGAGUGUCGAUCGUCUGCGUGGUCGCCUGGAUUACAGAUCGCGAUGACCGUCCCUUCCCUGGAGGAGCUGGACUCCUUCAAGUACAGUGACCUGCAGAACUUGGCCAAGAGUCUGGGCCUCCGGGCUAACCUGAGGGCAAGCAAGUUGUUAAAAGCCUUGAAAGCCUACCUUAUACAUGAAGCAAGAAAAGAAAAUGAGAAUCAAGUUAAAAGUCAAACUUCUGCAUCCUCUUGUGAUGACCCCAAGGUACAGAUUAGCUGCCAGGAACAAGCUCAGAGGGAGCCAGUGGACCGUGUCACCAAAACAAGGAGAAGGCGUGGGGCAGUCCAUAGGAAGCCUGACUCGCAGGUGAAUGGAAGUGUGCAAACCGAAAAGAAGCCACCCGCUGUGCUGGAACUGCAGGAUCAUUCAGAGUUAAGUGAUCCCACUGAAUUCCGGAAUCAAGAAAAGCAGGAAAACCAGGCUCCUAGAACUGCUGCAGAAGUUCUUUGUCCACCAGACAAGAGCCAAGGAGAUAAGAAUGCAGUGUCCUCAGGAAAAAGUGGAAUAAAUGGUAAUGAAGAUUCAAAGGUACCUCCAGAAAGACAGAAGUCUCUUUACAAAGAUGGAUUUUCCAAACCUGGAAAAAAUAAAAGAAUUGCAAGCACUACUCCAAACUUUAAGAAGCUUCAUGAGGCUCGUUUUAAGGAAAUGGAGUCCAUUGAUCAAUAUAUUGAGAGAAAAAAGAAACAUUUUGAAGAACACAAUUCAUUUAAUGAACUGAAGAAGCAGCUCGUCAGUAAGGGAGUGGUGGCAACUCCAGUUCCUGUCCAAGGAAGACUCUCUGUGGCUUGUACUCCCGCCAGCCAGCGGCGCUCGCAAAGCCGGCCCCACGGUGCUGCAGGCCGGAGCACUCUGUGUGUGAAGGGGUCGGUCAAGCGCUCUGCUCUCUCAGCAACUAAAAUGAAUGUCAGGUUUUCAGCCGCUACUAAAGAUAAUGAGCAUAAACGUUCACUGACCAAGACUCCAGCCAGAAAGUCUCCACUUGUGACCAUACCUGGGAGUACCCCGAAAGGCCAGGCUGUGCUCAGGAUGCACCAGUUAAAGACCACAAGGGGGGAUUCUGCUGCUGUUAUUACCCCAUUCAAGUUGAUAGCUGAGGCAGUGCAGACUCCCGUCUCCCAGAAGAAACCAGUGUUUGAUCUCAAAGCAAGUUUGUCUCGUCCCCUCAACUAUGAGCCACACAAAGGAAAACUGAAACCAUGGGGACAAUCGAAAGAAAAUAAUUCUCUGAAUGAGCAUGUAAACAGAGUUAGCUUCCACAAGAAAACCUACAAACAACCUCGUCUCCAGACCAGGGAGGAGCAACGGAAGAAACAUGAGCAAGAACGAAAGGAGAAGAAAGCAAAGGUUUUGAGAGCUCGAAGGGGCCUUGUGGCUGAAAAUUAAUAAUUUUUUAACAUUCUGUAAAUAUUCCUUUAUUCUGAAUCUUUUUCUUGUAAAUUUUUUCUACUGUCCUCCCCACUUUCGUCAAAAAACUUUCUGUUAACUUCGUUCAUUGUAUAUGUACUGUCAGUGGGUUCUUCAUGUGCUACAUCUCUGAGAAGACACUAUUACCUUAAAGCUCACAAAUUCUUUGAACUGGUUUUUAUCUAAGUCCCUGUACAACUCAGUUUUCUAAUGAAACCCAGCCUAUAGAUUCUUGAUGUAGAUUUUUAAUGUUAAGUUCUCUCUGCUGGCUUUAAUAUUAACAGAACUGUAAUCCUCUUCUAGGCAAAAGCAUUUACCUGAUGAUAGCUAAUUAUACCACAAGCUUUAGUAGAAAUUUAACAAUAACAAAUUAUAGAUAGGGUAAGCUGGGAAAGGCCAACUCUUCAUCCUCUAGAGAAUCUAGUAGUCUUAAUGAAACUGUGGGCCAUAUGGGUUGGUUAUGACAUCAAUAUUUUACCUAUGUGAAGCGUUUUGUAUAAGCUUAUUUGUACCUUUGUUCAGAUCACUUCAUGUAAUUGCCAUCUGUCACGCAAUAUAUUCUUAAAAACAAAAACUAUAAAAAAAACCCAAAAACCAAAAACUAUAGCCCAUUCUAGCCUUGCUUAUUUAAAAAUAUACAGGGCCAUAAUGAAAUCUGAGGAUUGCUGCUUUAAGGAUUACUGUGCCCUGUCAAACUUACAUCUUAUUCAAUUUAUGGAAAAGACUAGAGUUGCUUAGCAUCAAAUCCAUGUUGGUUGCACCUAAGUGAAGCUUCUGAUUUUUGUACUGCUUAAGAUUUUCAUAAAUAAAAUUUUCUUCUCAUG